AUGACAAAGUCCUUGGUGGGGUCCAUUCCCCUUUUUUCUCGCCCAUACAAUAACACCACUAAUUCGCUAAUCACACCCCUCCACUUCUCCCUCUCCGCCCGCCACGUCACCUUCUCCACCACACCCAUGCCCACUGCCGCCGCCGCCACCACCACCCAUCCUUCCUUCGAAGUCCUCGGCGGCGCACACCACCGUUUCCUCCCAUCCCUUCCCCACUUGUCUCGUCCCUACCGCCCUUACCCCCUCCUCGCCGCCAACCGCCACCUCGAAACCAUAUUCGCCGCCUUCUUCCGCUCCGUCCCUGACAUCAGGCUCCGCCGCGAGUGCCUCCGGACCCAUGACGGCGGCGCCGUUGCCCUCGACUGGGUCGCCGGCGACGACCGCCGUCUGCCCCCUGACUCUCCCAUCUUAAUCUUGCUGCCAGGUUUAACAGGAGGUAGUGGAGAUGCUUACGUGAGACACAUGUUGAUUAGAGCUCGAAGGAAUGGAUGGCGUGUUGUAGUGUUCAACAGCCGCGGUUGUGGAGAUAGCCCUGUUACUACUCCUCAGUUCUAUUCAGCUUCGUUUUUAGGAGAUAUGCGGGACGUUGUUUCCCAUGUUACUGCUAGAUACCCGAAUGCUAAUCUAUAUGCCGUUGGAUGGUCUCUUGGGGCCAACAUUCUCGUUCGUUACUUGGGUCAGGAGUCUCACAAUUGUCCUCUUUCUGGCGCUGUAUCAUUGUGUAAUCCUUUCAAUUUAGUUGUGGCUGAUGAGGACUUCCGAAAGGGCUUUAACGUUAUUUAUGACAAGGCCCUUUCAAAGGCUCUUUGCAAGAUUUUCAAGAAGCAUGCUUUACUCUUUGAAGAUAUGGGUGGUGAAUAUAAUAUUCCAAUGGCAGCCAACGCCAAGUCUGUUAGGGAAUUUGAUGAUGGACUAACCCGUGUUUCUUUUGGAUUCAAGUCUGUGGAUGAAUACUACUCUAAUUCUAGCAGUUCAGAUUCCAUAAAGCAUGUUAAAACCCCAUUGCUUUGCAUUCAGGCAGCCAAUGAUCCGAUUGCUCCGUAUAGGGGAAUUCCUCGUGAAGAUAUCGAGGAAAAUCCAAACUGCUUGUUAAUAGUGACACCCAAAGGUGGCCAUCUAGGGUGGGUUGCUGGUGAUGAAGCUCCACUUGGAGCCCCUUGGACUGAUCCUUUGGUAAUGGAGUUUAUUCAAUAUUUAGAGAGAGAUGCAGUUAAGGCUCCAGAAAAUAGUAAUCCAGGAAGUAAAGAGGCCUUGCACCAUCUUGAAGUGUGA